AAAUCAGAACAGGGUGCAAUUAUUUUCCAGUCCGUCUGGCUAAAGCAUUUGUAGUGUAUGUUCUGUCAUGUAUUUAGUUGCACGGCGCCGAAAAGUUCGCAGGUGUGCGGAAAUUUCGCUGUUUGCUGGGUUUUUAAAAAAAAUCCCAGGGAAAAAAGUUAAAGCCACGUCGAAUUUACAUUAUUUCUAUAAAUGAUUUAAGAUGUAAAUUCUUGUCAGUAAAUAAGAUGUGCACUUUUUGUGUAUUUAGAUUUUGUUAGAAUCGUUUCAAAAGCUUUUUCGGCAAAACAAAACUGUUUCGUUUUUGAGCAAGAAAAAUAAACUUCUAAAUUCAAGUAAACUGAAAAUCAAGGAAUGGGUGUUGGUCUUGCCCGAGUUAUACACAGCUUUGCGCGCUGUUCAGCGCUGCUACUGGUGAUCGGGACGCUUGUGGACGUUUCAGCGGUCAAUGGGACACAUUUUCGGGGCGGGACAAUUUCCUGGUCGCCGGCCCCGCCUUCAACGUCAAGUAACCGAACGGUUGUGUUUACGUUUCGACUUGCCUGGUCGUUACAGCACGAACACUGCGACAACAACACGAUUGCAUCAAACCAACUGAUUGGAGAUGUCAACCAUAAAUGGAUAUGUGCGUACGGGUGUGCCGGACCGAUUGCCCCAACACGUAUUUACUGUUCUGCUUUCAACGUGGAACAAGACUGGGCGAUCGGCUCAAACAGUUUCAGCCAAACUUUUGACAACAACGGACCUUUUGAUAUUUCGUAUAUGUAUUGCUGCUGGGCUCAAAGCCUCAUGACCGCAACUACGUCAGAGUGGUCGCUAACCACCAAAGUACUGCUGGGUGUUCGAAGUGACACUGGGCUACCCAAUACCUCACCUGUCGUUAAAUCUCCUCUUACCAUAAGGUUAGAAGUCGGUGUUCCUUAUACCAUUCAGCUUGAAACUGUUGAUCUGGACGGUGAUGAUGUCAGGUGUCGACUCGGCAAUUAUUUCGGCGAAUGUGGCAACACAUGCACUCUGCACAAUGAAUUUUCACUCGAUACUGUUAAUUGUCAAAUAACCUACAACCCGACAACGAAUAUAACCGGGCUAGUUCCUAUUGCAAUAACUGUUGAAGACUUCAGUCGUUUCGACACGCCGAUACAACUGGACGACGUGACCAUUCGACCAGGCCACGCCAUUAGCUCAAUUCCAUUUCAAUUCAUCGUGCAACUUAAAGAAAACGAGCAACGGCUGCAAGAUCGUUGUCUUAAUGUGAAACCACGAGUGACCAUCAAUCCAAAUUCCGAAGUUUUUUUCGUGAAAGUAGGCCGAAUGUUUCAAGUUACUGCUACUUCUUCUGCAUGCCACCCUAGAGACAGCAUACGAGCAUUCAAUGGCACCGGACCCACUGGUGUGUUGCAGUCAAAUAUAAGUUUUGUAAAUAGAGAAGCAAGUAUAAGUGUAUCAUGGACACCAAAUGCACAACAGAGCGGCCGCCACACUUUCUGCUUUUCAGCUGAAGAUACUAACGGCUUAUUCUCAGAUCAAACCUGCUUUACUGUUGUAGUGGACCAGGAGUUAAAAUACUGUCGUGGCAUUGGUGGUAGUGAAUACAUCACAUUUGAUCAUCUGCAUUAUUCUUUUGCUGGAAGAUGUCAAUACCAGCUUGCGUUGACUACAUUUAAUCCAUUCUAUGCCUAUUCCAACAACCUGCAACCGUUCAAUAUAUCAGUAACCAAUGAUGCAACUCGAAGUGGGGAACCAAGGAUAUCUGUUAUUAAAGUGACAAUUGCGCAACGAUUUGUAGAACUUCAUAGAAACAGAAGAGUUAUUGUUGACGGAGAACAAGAAAUAUUACCCAUAGUUCUCUCUGGUUUCCGUAUCGACAUACGAGGAAGGUUCGUAACCAUGACGACUACAUCAGGAGCGGUGAUCAAGUUUGACGGCGAGACAAGUUUCAUCAUUGGGUUGCCAACCACAUAUUCUGGACAUGUUCAAGGUUUAUGUGGCAACAUGAACAACGACGCCAGUGAUGAGUUUCUUGACUCCCGAAGAAAAUCUCUCGUCCCUGUUGUUAUGAAUCCACUUGAGUUUGGAAACAGAUUUGUUCUCGGAAGAUGCAAUACACCUCCAGUACAACAUGAUGAAUGCUCCAGACCAAGUAAUGCUGCCAAUAUGUUGGCAUGCUCUUUGCUCACAGCAACUGAAGGUUGUUUCUCACAAUGUCAUUCAGUUAUUUCACCAGACCCAUUUUAUCAGAGUUGCAUAACAGCGCUGUGUCGUAGCACAGUAUACCAACGAACCACACUCAAAAUACAGAUAGGGUCGUAUGCUGAUGCUUGCCAGUUAGAAAGUGCUGAGAUAUGUAACUGGCGUGAUCGUAUUGGUGCAGCUAUGGAAUGCCUACCUAACUCUCGUUAUGUGGCAUGUGGUAUGUCGGAACCACAAACUUGCGCGAACCUUAAUUCACCUCCACUAGCUACAACGUCAUGCGUCGAAGGUUGCCAGUGUGAUGAAGGGUAUUUACUUUCUGGUGAACAAUGUGUUCACCAAAGUACUUGUGGGUGUUUUAUACAGCGGAAAUACAGACUACCAGGUUUUACGUUCCGAACCAGUGAUUGCGCGCAUGAGUGCACAUGCGUCGGGGUGAAUCAAACCUCGUGCGUACUAGCGCCUCCGUGUGGGGUAAACGAGCACUGUGGUGUACGACCCGAUGGCUUCAGUCAUUGUUUCGAACGAACACUGCUGCCAGCUACAUGCCACGCACUGGGAGAUCCACACUAUCAGACUUUUGACGGAGCUGCGUUUGAUUCAAUGUCUACAUGUGCCCAUAUUAUGGUUAGAUCACGUGCCGAUUCCACCAUCACCCCUUUUACUGUGAUUGCAAUAAACGACCAACCAAGAAUAAAUCAGACCGUAUCUCAUGUUAGUGAGGUUCAUGUUGUGUUUGGGGUCAAUCAGACAAGGAUAACACUGAAGGAAGGGCCAGUUAUCAUGGUGAACGGGGCAAUUGCUUAUCCGGGCGCUUCUUUUGAUGGCUUCACCAUUAGAAAACUUGGAGUUUUUGUAAUUCUCUCCUUCAACUUCGGUCUUGUUGUAAGAUGGGAUGGUGUGGAUAGGCUAAGAAUAUCUGCAUGGAGCCCCUUAAGUCGUCAUGUGGAAGGAUUAUGCGGGAACUUUGAUGGCGAUCCAACCAAUGACUUUGCUGCAGCUAAUGGUGGAGGACUUAUUACUGAUGUGGAUCAGUUUGUUAACAGUUGGAUGGUUACUGGACCUGAUAUUAAUGGAAACUUAUACCCCAUACCACAACGCAACAGUACAGAGAUUUGUAUCAAUCAAGGUUUGACCACACCUGAAGACUUGGCAAAUUGUAUUGCCCUAAUCCCACAGUCUAAUUACAGUUGUCGUUUACGUCGUGUUGGAGACGUAGCACCUCCAUGUUCGGACAACAACAGACUCUUAUCGCAUAUGCGAGAUUGCGCAAUCUUAACAAGUACCACAGGACCAUUUGCUCCAUGCCAUGGAAUAAUUAACCCAAGACAGGAUUUCAAAAAUUGUGUAUUUGAUUUAUGUGCGUAUGGGGGAAAUCAAAGUUAUAUGGAGCGAAUUUUGUCAUCUUAUGACUACGACUGUAGAGAACGUAAUGUAACAGUUACUGGUUGGAGAGAAGUCUUGGAUUUGCCAUUCCAAUGCUCCGGAAAUAUGGUCUUCAGUUCUUGCAUGAGUCAGUGCCAAGCUACUUGUUCUGAUCCGGACCGGAGUAUUUGUGAAUCGAAUCUUGAUUUAGGAACACACUGUAUUGAAGGUUGCCAGUGCCCCAACGGAUUUGUUCAAUCGUCAAACAACAGCGGUUGCGUGCCACAAGAACUUUGUGGUUGUGUGGUCAAUGGUAGAUACCAACUUAGAGGUUUUAUCUACCGACAAAACAACUGCUCAGAAGAAUGUGUAUGUAUGGGAAACAAUGUAGUUCAAUGCAACACUGUACCAACUUGUAAGAUAAACUUGGAAUGCAGGACCGACCAGUAUGGAUACCAAAGCUGUCAUGGACGCUUAAGGAGGAGAGCGACAUGUAAAGCGGUCACGGAUCCACAUUAUAUGACGUUUGAUAGAACAAGAUUUGAUUCCAUGGGCACAUGUGCUUAUAUCAUGAUAAGAAACAUAGCUGGAUCCCGAGCACCUAACUUUACAGUGAUAGCAGUGAACGUACAACCUUUACCUCACCAAAUUGUAUCUCAUGUAAAAGAAGUUCAUCUUCUGUUUAAUGGAAACGAAACAAUGGUGUUUCAGGAAGGCCCCGUGGUUAAGUGGAAUGGAAGAGUAAUUCUACCCGGAACGACCCAAUCUAACUUUGUUGUAACUCGUGGUGGUCGAUUUAUUGUUGUUGAGUUUGACUUUAGACUCGUCAUAAAGUGGGACGGAAUUGACAGAGUUCGAAUCCACGCCUGGCAAGAACUGCGUGAGCAAGUUGAGGGUUUGUGUGGGGAUUUUGACGAUGACGCGUCAAAUGACUUCCGUACAAGCUGGGGUGAAGUGACGACAAAUCUAACAACAUUUGUGAGAAGUUGGGAAGCAUCAGGAUAUAGUGCAGAGGGUUGCUUCCUCCCCCCUCCUGCCAAUGCAUCAGAUAUUUGCCCAAGUCAAGACGCAUUGCAAAGAUUUGGUCGUGAGUGUUCCGUUCUCAUGAACAGAACUGGCCCUUUCGCCGACUGCCACACACAAGUUAACCCUUGGAGUUCUUUCCGCGACUGCUUGUUUGAUCUUUGCGCCACAAAUGGCAGUUCUGCGCUAAAAGAUCGGAUUUUUUCGUCCUACACAACUGACUGCUUGGGAGCAGAUAGACAACCUUCAGAUGACUGGAGACAAGUUGCUGAUCUGCCUGUGAACUGCCCACCAAACCAGCAUUACAAUGUAUCUGCACCACCAUGCCACCAUCAUGUACUGACCCUCAUGCUACUAACUUGGAAUGGAAGAGUAAUUCUACCCGGAACGACUCAAUCUAACUUCGUUGUAACUCGUGGUGGUCGAUUUAUUGUUGUUGAGUUUGACUUUAGACUCGUCAUAAAGUGGGACGGAAUUGACAGAGUUCGAAUCCACGCGUGGCAAGAACUGCGUGAGCAAGUUGAGGGUUUGUGUGGCGAUUUUGACGAUGACGCGUCAAACGACUUCCGUACAAGCUGGGGUGAAGUGACGACAAAUCUAACAACAUUUUUGCUUCCUCCCCCCUCCUGCCAAUGCAUCAGAUAUUUGCCCAAGUCAAGACGCAUUGCAAAGAUUUGGUCGUGA